GGCUCCGCGAGGGCGGGAAGCAGGCUGAGAUGGCCUCUGGGGAGCAGAGCUUGGUCUGUUGCUAGGGGAGCCGGGCCAGCUAGGGAGCCGGAAACUCACUCCGGGCAAUGCUGCCGUCUGGGCUUUGUGAUAAAGGUACCCCUUGGCCGGUGGGAGAGGCUCCGGAAUGGGCCUAGCCAGCUGGUCCCCCUGGGAUGUCCCUCGCCGCUCUCAGCAGGGCUUCCACGAAAGGAGUCAGCAGGCCGUGUAUGGGCUUCUCGUGCGGUCUUGUUUGCUCCAUGAGCGAUGCACUGCCCCCCGCCCCGCAAGGGCACCCGAGGGACCCGCGAUCCAAGCUCGGCUCCCUGACAGAUUUUCUUCAGUAAGAGGUGACUCCUGAAGCUCUGCGAAACGAGUGUGGUGUGUGAUUGCAAGGCGCGAUGGCUGCAAAAGUGGUUCCAAUGCCCCUAAAGCCUAAGCGGUCCUUUAUAUUGAGAGUUCCUCCAGACUCCAAGCUGGGCCAAGACCUACUUCGGGAUGCUACUAGUGGGCCCAAGACCAUCCACCAGCUGGUUCUGGAGCAUUUCCUCACCUUCUUGCCCAAGCCAAGCCUGGUCCAGCCCAAUCAGAAAGUCAAGGAGACCUUGGUUAUUAUGAAGGAUGUGAGCUCAAACUUUCAGAACAGACUGCAACCUCAUCCCAUGGUGAAGCUUCUGCCCAGAGAAGGAAUCCAGCAGAAACAGGACACAGUGUCUCUGUAUUUGAAAACUGAGCCUGAGGAGCUGGUGGUCCUUGAGGACUUGAAUGUAUUUCACUCCCAAGAAGAAUGUGUGAGCCUGGAUGCUGCUCAACAGCCCACCUCAGAGAAGGAAGACAAUGUCGGGGAGAUGAUGUUACUGGCCAAUGAUGUUAAUCUUGAGAGUGAAGAUCUUCAGAAAGAAACCAUAGAGAAUGAAGAUCAUAGAGAAGAGAUUGCAGAUUGUGAUGAAGUAGAUCGUUCUGUGGUCUCUGAGGAAUCUCCAUAUUGCCAUAAAGACAGACUAAAUACAUCUAUUCCCAAGCAAAGGAAAAUGAGAAAUCUUCUAGUUACCAUUGAAAAUGAUACUCCACUAGAGGAACUCUCAAAAUAUGUGGAUAUCAAUGUGAUUGCACUUACCCGAAAUCGGAGAACAAGAAGAUGGUACACUUGUCCACUGUGUGGGAAACAGUUUAAUGAAAGUUCUUACCUUAUUUCCCACCAGAGGACUCACACUGGAGAAAAACCCUAUGACUGUAGUCACUGUGGGAAAAGCUUCAAUCAUAAAACAAACCUUAAUAAACAUGAGCGAAUCCAUACAGGAGAGAAACCUUAUUCAUGUUCUCAGUGUGGGAAAAACUUUCGUCAAAACUCUCAUCGGAGUCGCCAUGAAGGAAUCCAUAUAAGGGAGAAGAUAUUUAAGUGUCCAGAAUGUGGGAAAACCUUCCCAGAGAACAAAGAAUUUGUGCUUCAUCUGCAGAGUCAUGAGGCUGAAAGGCCAUACAGUUGCAAAAAAUGUGGGAGAAGAUUUGGUCGGCUGUCCAACUGCACCCGGCAUGAAAAAACCCACUCAGCAUGUAAGACCCGAAAGCAGAAAUGGGAUCAAGAAAGGUCUGAUGAUCCUGCCUCAACCUGAAAUGUUUCAUAAGGAACUGAAUUCCCUGGCUGUCAGAAAAGAUGCAGAAAUGGGAAAACCUCAUUAAAGCCAAAAUUGGAUAAAUACCCAUCUUGGCUAAAACCUCCAAUUUUUAGAAAAUUCACAGGGAAGAAAACAUCCUCAAAGGCUAUACCUCAGUUAGCAUCCACACUUUCCAGAUAAAGGAGCUUUCUUCUGUGAACUUAUACAACAUUGUAUAGGCCACAGUUCCCUUUCCCACAAUGGCCUCGAAUAUGAGUCUGAAGGCCACUCACCAGCAAGGUGAGCAGUGACUCAAUGCGUAUGGAAGUAUAUCAUUCCCCUCCCCCUGCGUAGGAAUUCAUGCUACAGGAAAAAAAAUAAUGCAAAGGUCCUUACCUGGAACUGUGUUCCCCUGAAAGAACCAAACUACUGAUUUGUUAAGCCAAUAGCUUCUACUAGCAAUUCACAUAACCUCAGAAUACCCUGUUAAAGCUUGAGUGUUGAAAGGGAUUGUUUACUUUUGAAUAUAGGAAAAUACAGCAAUUGAAUGUCAAAGACUUACUCUAUCAUUUUUACAUGAUCUAAACAUUUGCAUUUUGUAGUGAAAAGUGACUUUCACAGGAAUACUUUUCACAACAUACUUUUAAAGUGUCUACUGUUCUUACUAUGUUCCGUCCGGCUCUUGCUCAGACAGCUCUCUCUUGCCUUUCCAUUGCCAAGAGAAGUUCAGAUCGCUUAGGCCCAUCCACCCAGCCCCGCUACUGGAAAAGCUCUUCAGAAUCUGGUCCCUCUGAUGAGCCAAGAAGAAAACCUGCCUACAAAGGAAAUCCAAGAGCCUGAAGAGGAAGAAGACGACAUUGGCUUAGACCCAUGACUGGUCAUUAACCUUACCGUGUGCUUAAUACCCCUCCAGGCAGUCAUCAGACCCUUGGCAAUGGGUGGUCACUACCUCAUAAGAGUGUUUUAUUUUUAGCAGGGGUCUCCAGUGGCUAGCUCACACUGCCCCUCAAGGAGACAAGACUCUAGUGUCUCCACUGUAGUGGAUACUUUUUCUCUUUGACCUGAUACCCACUUUCCUGACUUGUCUGCCCAGAGGCAAGGCCAGCGGUGCCUUCAAGGGACCGAUCCUGUGGUGUGUUACUUUAACGAUUCUUGAUCAGUUUUUGCUUUUCUUUUAGGUUUCCUAAAGUUUUACAUUGGUAUUUUGAUGGAAAUAGGUUAAUCCUGUAAACUGGGGAAACUUGUUAGCUUUAUAAAUUUUGUUUCCCAUCCAGAAACAUACCUUUCCAUUUACUCAAGUAUUAUAUUCCUGAGUACAUUUUUCCAAUUUUCUUCAUGUAAGUUCUAUACAAUUUUGUUAUUGUAAAUAGUUUUUUCAUUGUAUUUUUCUAGUUGAUUAUUGUUCUUACAUAGGAGUUAUUUUUAAUUAUAUAUUUGUGAAACUAGCCACCUCAUUGAUGAAUGUUGUUAAUUUUCAGUAAUUUCUCAGUUUCUCAAUUUGUGGUUCAAAAUUAUACCACCCACAAGUAAUAGUUUUGUUCUUUUUUGUUAUUUUUUAAACAUGUAGGUCUAAGCUUUGUUUUGGUUCAAAGCAUACUAAAAGAGGACCUUUGAUGGUACAGUUCAGUCCUGAGUCCUAAUUCAAACACUUAAAGGCUACACAUAAAACUGUGCUUUAUUAAUGUUGUAUUUCGAGCCUACAAAACCCUUUAAAACCAGGGACAAAACUGGCUGCCA